AUGAAAGCCAGAUCACAUGCUUAUAGUAAUGGCGAGCCAAUGAGUACAGCAUUGAUCGAAAGUGUCUUAUCUCGAACUAAACGUUUUCUAUUUAAAAUAGAUCACAAACGAAGUAAACAUAUGCGUGCAAUGCGCAAGAUUCUUCGAGAAAAAUUAGCCAAAAAAGAUGAAGUGAAACGACUCGCAUCUUUAAAACAAGACAAUCUAAUUCCAUCAACUGUGCCAAUUCCAGAGCGUACAGCAAACGACGAAGAGAUGCAAGUCGGCGGUAGUGGCACAUCGGAGUUCAACAGUCGAACGUUGAAGAACAAAGAUGGUCAAUAUCCUUCAUGGUUAAGCGGUCGUCAACGAAAACACCUUCAAGCUAAGCAAGCAGUACAAAAACGAAACGAAAAACAAAAGAAGAUGAAGAAAAACGCAGGCAAGGUCACAAAACGCAAGAAAACUCAAACAAAGAACAAAGCCGAAGCUAUAUAUUUGUCUUCAACCAUAUUCCGACAAAUCUUUCGUCGUUUAACAUCAGCCGGUGGUUCCGGUGACACUGGCAUAGCUGACAAAGUCCAGCAAUUAAUCACCGGUCACAAAGUGAUUGUUUUCUCUAAAACUACUUGUCCUUACUGCAUCAAAGCUAAACAAAUUCUUAGUAAAUAUAAAUUAAAGGAUUACAAAGUGAUCGAACUCGAUGAAAUCGAUCAUGGAAAUGAGUAUCAGAACGUGUUAGGUAAACUGACUAACGCUCGAUCGGUUCCGCGGGUAUUCAUCGCUGGGGAGUGCAUUGGCGGCGGUGAUGAUACGGAACGAUUAGACCAGAAUGGUGAUUUGGAGAAACGAUUGAAAAAAGUCAAUGCGAUUGAAAAGUGA